UACAGGUUACUUAUGUGCGAAGACUUCAAAAAUUGAAGUCGAGACGUUACAAAUGCGUCUGUGUUGUUUUCUUACAGAUUUUUACGAAUAAUUUAGAAAAGCUUUGUUAUAUCGCAUUUGCUAGUCUCGCCCGGUUUUCUUUGAUGAACGCGAAAAAACGAAGACACACAUGAACAAAAUCGAUUCCGAAAGCGAACAUGAGCUCUUCGUAUCUCGCAUCUUACAAUUUUCAGAAUUCCUUGGAGAUCAUUUUGAGUCCCACCAACUGUAAUUUUAAUGAAUUCAUAAAUGAAAUUCCACAAAUUUUUACGACUAACAAACUCAACCCUGAAUGUCGCGAGGAGACGAACGGAGAAAACACGCAUAUAUUUUGCAAUAAUUUUUCAACGUCGUCAGUUAGUACGUCAAAAGAUAAUGCAGAAGAAAUGAUACUAUUGAAAGCAAAAUGCGAGAAAUUGAGUGCUGAAGUUGAACAUCUAACAAAAGAGAAAGAAAAUGCAUUCGAAGAGAUUGAACAAUUAAAAGAUCAAAUAUUAAGUCAAAGUACUUAUUGCACAAGCCUCGGUGCAGUAUUAGGUAACUUGACAUGGCGUGCUUCUAAAUUUCCGCAAAUAGUCGAUACUUGGAUAUCGAACUGUCAGAGCGAAAUCGGAGAAUUUUUAGCAAUAGUGAACGGUACGUUCAGCGCUUUCGUUAGUAUUUACAAAUUUGGAUUUCCGCCAACGAGCAACGUCGAAUAUCAAUUUGUAAAAGGACUUCUCGGUAUCGCCACUAACAUAACCGCGAAUCCAGAGAGUCGUGAAUUCUUAAUAACAAAUCGAAAUGGCACGGAAUUCGUGCAAAAGAUAAUUAAAUUAACGCCCGAAUUGCCGCCAGCUCCCGGAUCUUUAUCGCUAAAAAGAUUAAUGUUAAUGAUCAUGUACAACGUGAGUAUAAACAAAACCGGCUUGCGAUAUCUUUUCGAAUCCCGAGUAGGAGACACGUUAAGUCAUUGUUUGGAGCAUGAAUCGUCAUCGGAGCUGAUGCAGCUGCUCUGCCUUCGCGUUUUGCAGUCCGUCACUUACGAUCUCACGGAGCCGAGGUACAUCCGUGACUUGUCAGCGGCAAUACCGAUCGAAAAAAUCGAGACCAUGGUGUCUUCGACGAGCGGCGACAUAAGCAACGCAGCUAAACAAGUCCUCAGACACUUACAGGAUAGUAAAAAAAAUUUAAAGUGA